GCAUGCGCGUUGUCCGUUCCCUGGCCUAGCGGCUGCUUCUGCCUGGCAGCGGCUGAGCGGGAGCCGCGGGGUUGGAGCGCGCCGCCGCCCCGCCAUGGCCGAAGCCUAUUUCCCAGUGGGGCCCGGGCUGGGGCCUGAGGAGAAUUUCCUCUCGCUGGAAGACAUCCUGAUGUCCCAGGAGAAGCUACCGGGGCGCGUGGAGGCUGCCGUGCCCCGCCUGGCUGCCGUGCUGGGCAAGGGCGCGGGCGCCGGCCAGAGCGACGGCAUCCCUGAGGGUUCAAAGGUGGAAAUACCCCUGUGGCUAGCAAAAGGGUUGUAUGACAACAAACGGAGGAUACUUUCAGUGGAACUGCCCAAGAUUUACAAGGAAGGCUGGCGGACAGUGUUCAGUGCUGAUGCCAAUGUGGUUGAUCUGCAUAAAAUGGGGCCAUACUACUAUGGCUUUGGCUCCCAGCUCCUGAAUUUUGACAAUCCAGAGAAUCCAGAGAUAGCUCAGACUAUACUGCAGACAUUUAUUGGCCGUUUCCGUCGCAUCAUGGACUCCUCCCAGAAUGCCUACAAUGAGGACACCUCUGCACUGGUGGCACGGCUGGAUGAGCUGGAACGAGCGUUGUUUCGAGCUGGCCAGAAAGGGCUGAAUGACUUUCAGUGCUGGGAGAAGGGGCAGGCUUCUCAGAUCACAGCAUCCAGCCUGGUGCAGAAUUACAGGAAGAGAAAAUUCACGGACAUGGAUGGUUGAAAGCAUGAAGGACACAAAACUGCUACAGGGGACGCUGAGGUACUCUGUGUCAGAGAGAAGAGAGACCAGCCAACCUUGGGAAGGGACAGACUCUCCUCCCAGUUUAACUGAAGUUCUUCUGCGCAGCAUCUUCAGAUUAGACCAAAGCACGUUUUAGACUAGAGGACGAGUAUAACAAGAAUACAUCACAAAAUUGUUUUACAGCACACACAUCCUUCUCCCAUGGAUUUACGGUAAUAGUUUUGGGCUUCAUAGCUGAGUGGAUAUAAAAGGCUCUUCUGAAAGAGGAUCAUUUAAUAUUUACUGUUUUUAUCAUAUAAAUAGAUCUGGAAUUGUAAAUAGGGAUUCUGAAAAUGUAGUUUCAACUCUUUCACCCCCACCUCAAAUCCCACCUUCCCCACACAUACCCCAAUGUGUUGACAUGGGAACAGCUGUUUCCAGCUUCAUGAUUCCAGAGGACAUCCCAAUAACAUGAGGAGAAGAGUGGUAUAGACUGCACGGUGUUAUCCUCUUCUCUCUUGCUAUGGCUUAAUAUGCCAGUACAAGUGCCUUUGUUAGGGGUAAGCAUCUGCUGUUAGCUGAUUCUGUUGCUGCUUUAGUUUCGUAUGUGAUUUUAAUGCUUGUCAUUGGUACAGUGGAGACUGCCUUCUGUUUGUCCACACAGCAGUUGAAGUGGCGCUGCAAGCUUUAUGCACCCUGCCUCCACCUCCCACUGCCACUACUAUACCCGGAAAGCCCACUUCUGGGCAGCAGGUGGGAAUGGAAUGCCCAUUCACUCCUAGAUGCAUGGUGGUUUUUGUGAUGUGGACACCAGUUCGCGGAAGAAGUUAUCCUGAUUGCUAGUUUUGGCUAAUGGUGAAGGGGCAGAGCUAAUGAGUUGUUUCUUUCCUUCUGAUCUAUUGGCAUUUCCAGAGAGGAAACAACAUUCUUGCCAUUGGGAGCGAAUGGAAUUAGAACUCAUUAAACAGCACAAGAGUUGCUAUAUGGAGACGUCCUCAAAACCUAGCUCUGCUUGUGAGUCACGUUGGAGGGCAGGAGAACACCCAGAAACACAUGGUUCCCUCUCUAGAAAGCUACUCAUGGGACCAUUGGAAUUGGUAUUCUUGGGACAAGUCAUUAGAAACUAUCUGGGUGUUUCUUAGCCUUCCUUGAGAGGAAGCCCUUUAAAAAGUAACUAACAAGAGGGGCCUUCUCCUGAGAGGUGCUGAGCAUUCACAGUCCCUGUUGACUUCAUUAGUAGCUGUGGAUGUUAAUCAGACUUUCAGCAUCUCUUGGGAUCAGGCCCAUGGAGAGCUACAUUUUGUAUGGGCAACUUGUUCUUGUCCACAAAUACUUAAUGUAAGUGUUGGCUAAGGGAUCCCCCAGAAUGGGCAAGUGGCCAUUCUUUGGGCCUCAGGAGUGAAAGCUCUGCCUCUGCAGUUAGUCAAAAAGGACACUGACUGCUGGAUACGGCAGCAUCUUCAACUUGCCAUGGUCUCUGAAGUGCACAGGGCAACCUGUCCCACUGCAGGAGACGAAGUAGCGGCUAGUGGAAUAUGAAGAGGGAGUUCAAGCGUGCACAUUAUUAAAUGCCACUGUGCUAAGUGACAGCAUGCUAUGAAAAUGAUGCAUUUUUAUAAGAAACUAAUUUUAGCCUGGAUUUGUAUAUUUUCUAUUUUGGGAUUUCUGUGCUGCAUAAAUGAGCGUUUCACGUGAAAUAAGUUCUUCACACAGAGUGUCUCUCUGUAAUUGCCCUGCUGCUGAGAAUCAGUCAUGGCCAGGAGAAGAAUGGCCACUCGGAAACCUUAGCCACAGGGUUAGCAAAGUCUUGUUGCUAGAACCCACCAUGUUCUUCACACCACUCCCAAACAUAGGAGUGUUACGUUUAUACACUUCCGCUGGCAUAGCAACAUCUUCUGUUUGACUCCCAGCUCCCCUAGCAUUUGCCACGAGUCACAUUAGAGACACUGCUAGCAUAGGCGCCGACUUCUGCUCCCGCCGAUGGGUGCUCAACCCCUCUCUGGCCUCGGCCCCGCCCUG